AUGAACGGAGACAUUGGCUGUUACAGCAAUGGCGAAUCGGGAAGCAACUUUUGGUUUACCGUUACAUUCCAAAAAGCAUCAAGAGGAGAGGAUUAUGACAAGAUUGUUGAACGAGCCGAAAAACGUUUGCCUCUUACAGAAGAAUCUAAGCUAAUUGAAGUCAAGGAAAAACUUAAUUCCAAUUAUCCUUCUUCUACUUGUCUUGUCAUUUACAAAGAACCCAAGAUUAGAAAUAUUCUCACCAAUUACAUGAGAGAGACUUUUGAUGACCAAGUUGUGUCCAUGGAAAAUGAUGUAGACACCAUGUUUGUGAGUGCAGAAUCACUAGAAAACAUAACAGAGAGAUUCCUUCAUAAUUCUUCCCCAAACAUUCAUGAAUGGAAUGUUCAAAAACCAAUUUCUUUCAUUAUCCUAGACGAUUCUUGUUUCCUUCCUGAGAACCUUCCAAAGAGUGAAAAUGCUCUCUUCAACCCCUCAGCUCAAAACACUAAUAGCAUACGUGUAGGAUCUUCUUCCAGCACUAGAAGAAAUAGCUCUGUGAUUUAUAGCCCUCCAGAAAUUGAAAGAAUAUUUUCUACAGUCAUCAAACUGAGAAGCAUUGUUGAAAAUCAUAAUGCAAAAUUGGCUUUAGGUGGAUAUAGCAUCUCUACAAAAGUAGUCGUUUGGUUUGAUAAGUUCGAACCAAAGAGAUUUCUUAGUUUUAUUAGAAAAGACCCUUCUAACUUUGAAAGGCAGUCAAAAACCAAAGGCUUAUUUGACUUAACUCUAAGAAAGCCUAUCACCUUAUUCUCAUUCCAGUAUAUGAUACAACAAUUAUUGGCGAUUAGGCCCUCAACAAUCGCCCAUAAUGAAAGAAAACUUAUAGAGACCUACCAAUUUCCUUCAAAGAAAGACGACCAUCGAAAAUUCUCAAUGGACCCAACUGCUCUUACUUCUCCAGGUAUAAAUUCAUCUCAAGAAUCAAGAUGCUCUUCCUUAGAUACAACAUCCAUUGCUCAUUCUAGCUUCUCUCAGGACAAGUCAAUACCUGAAAUCGAAGAAGAAAAGACAAUUAAUUUGAAAGUUCUUGUGGCUGAUGACAACAAUAUUAACAGAAAUGUGAUGCUAAAAAUUUUAGGAGGACUUUCAGGAAAUUCAGAUAUGGAAAGUCAAAUAUCAGAAAUCAAGAAUUGUCCUUGCAAGCUCCUAGUUCGUACCAAAGGAGCUGUGAACGGUAAAGAAGCAUACGAUGAAUUUAUUCAACAUUUUAACACGCCAAACAAAUAUGAUGCCGUUAUUCUAGAUGUUCACAUGGACGUGAUGAGUGGAUUGGAAUGUGCCCAAAAAAUUAGACAAUUCGAAUCAGAGCACAAGGCUAAACCUUGUGUUUUAAUUGGAGCCACAGGAGAUAGUGAUGGAGAGCAUAUUUGCAAACAAGCUGGAAUGAAUCUUGUUUGUUUGAAGCCAAUCUCUCAAACACAAAUACGAAAUGUGGUGAAACAUGUCAUUGAAGACUUGUGA